GCGAGAAAGGCGUUACAAAUUUUGGAAAAUAGCCCUCCCCGGAACAGAGGUUUGUUUUCAAUCAUGGUUAGAUAUUAUGUUAAAAAGACUGACAGAAAGGCCACCUCACCAAGGAAAUUAUCUGCUGCUGUGAACUUGGUACGGGGAGGGCAGUCUCUUAGAUCUGUGGCAAGGUUAAAAAAUAUUAACCGCCAAACACUAUGGAAGGCCUGUCAAAAAACAAAAAACUUAGAUGCUGUCAGUGAAUGCACCCAAGAAGUGCAACUAAAAUAUGGUAAAAGGCAUAUAUUUUCCAAAGAUAUUGAAGACAGCAUUGUUUCAUAUUGUUUGGAAGUUGCCCAAAUGGGCUAUGGACUAUCUACAGACAAUGUCAGAGAGUUAGCAUUUGAAGUGGCUGAUAAAAACAAAAUUCAGAUGCCUGAGAAGUGGUCAGUGGAAAAGAAAGCCGGCCUUGAUUGGUUCCAAGGUUUCAUGACAAGACACAAGGAGCUCUCUAUUCGUAAACCUGAAGGUUGUAGCAUUGCCAGGGCAGCUGCUUUUAAUAAAGAUACAGUCGAGAAAUUUUAUUUUAAGUAUGAAGCGGUACUUGGCAGACAUCCAACAUUUGCCAAUGGGUCCCGGGUCUACAAUCUAGAUGAGACUUCUACAAGUACCGUUCAAAAUGCAAGAAAAAUUGUUUCGCCUAAAGGACAAAAGCAAGUACAUCAGGUGAAGAGUCAAGAACGUGGUGUCAGCGUCACAACCUGUUGUAUAAUUGGUGCCCAUGGGUCUGUGCUCCCUCCAGUCAUGAUUUUUCCACGAAAAUUCUUCAAGAGUAAUAUGCUUAUAAAUGCUUUCCCAGGAACAUUGGGUCUAGCUAACUUAAAUGGUUACAUGACAACAGCAACUUUUUUGGAUGUGAUUAAUCACUUUGUCAAGUGCACAAGAUCAUCUAAAGAAAACCCAACUCUUCUGCUCGUUGACAAUGUUGGAACACACUUAUCUGGUGCCGCAAUAGAUUUGUGCCGUGAGAAUGGUGUGACACUGUUCACAUUCCCACCUCACACAACUCAUAGGUUACAGCCCCUUGAUGUCGGUAUUUUUGGGCCCUUCAAAACUUACUAUGAUGCUGCCAUCAAUUCAUUUUUAGUAUCGAACCCAGCUGUUCCAGUAACAAUUUACCAUAUUGCAGGCUUUGUGAAGGAGGCAUUUUCCAAGUCAGCCACUCCUGCAAAUAUCAUUGCUAGUUUCCAGAAGCCUGGCAUUUUUCCUUUGAACAAAUUUGUGUUCCAAGACUCUGACUUCCUUAUGUCCAAAGUUACUGAGUUGCAAAACCCGAACACAGCAAACCCGACAUCAGCAAAUCUGAACAGCGAUGAUGAGGCAACAGAAAAUCUGAUCACCAACUAUGAGGCAUCAGAAGAAGCAGAGGACGAUCCAAAUGAAAAUAAUGAAGACUAUGUCGAUGUUAGUAAUGAAGCUGGUGAGCCCUCCACAUCUAGUGCUUUUUUGACCCCUGAAAAAAUCAGAGGUUAUCCUAAAGCAAAACCACAAGUAAGCACUAGGAAAGGCAGACCCAAGGAUUCGCCCGAAAGAAAUGAAAUCAAAGAAAGGGAAAGACUGACUCUGGAGAAGAAGAAUGCUCAAGAAGAGAGAAAAGCGAAAGCAGAAGAGAAAAGAAGACAAAAGGAAAGUGAAACCACCUCAAAGAAGAGAAAAUUAAAAGACAAGCAAGAAUUGGAAGGAAAAAAGAUCAGAAGAGUGAGAAAAUCAAAAGACAAGCUAGAAUUGGAAGGAAAGAAGAAGACAAGAGUGCAAAGAGUUUUGAGCUUUGAAGAUGAUUUAUUGAUUGAUAAUCCAGAAGAAGAUGAUGUGAUAAUGAAAGAAAAUUCUCCAAAAGUAGAUGAGCGUACUAUCAAUGAAGGUGAUUAUGUUCUAGUCAAAUUUAAGAAGUAUUUUGUAGGAAAGGUAAUUAAGGAAGGAGGUUGUGAUGGAGAUUUUGAGAUUUCGUACCUGAGCAAGUCUGUGAAGCCUAAGAAGCGUAUUGCGUUUGUGAUGCCAAAUGUUCCUGACAUACGCACUGUCAAGAAAAGUAAUAUUGAAGUUGUUUUACCAAAACCAAUCAUUCCAAAGUAUGUCACCAAACGCCUAGAAGCAAGUCUUUCCUUCAAUUUUAAUUUUUCUAUCUAUGAACUUGAAUAA